UUUAAAGUACGAUUACGGUCCGCCCGACUUGGAUGUUGAUCUAAUGAUCUCAAAAGCUUUCAUCAUGGAUCUCAUAGAAUUCCAAGAAGCAGCUGCUGCUUUUGGCUUAUUACAUCCCGGUUUUAGAUUUUAUGACAACUACCAACCAAUAGGAUGUAUAAAUCGGAUCCUUACCAAAAUUAUGUUCAAAACCUUAGCUGGAGUUCUCAUGGGCCAGACGAGCAGCUUGAGCUCAGCCCGAGAGCCCCAAAAACUUGGAGACAUGCAAAUAUUAACUUCCAAGCCGUCGACCAAGCUCCCGCCAGAAACGCCUCAGCCAUCCAUGGACCUUUUACGGCACCUCUGGGAUCUGUCGCAAGAUGCCCGGUUACUUUCGGAUCUUUGCCACCGGCAAUUUUCUCGGACCCCCUCCCGCCGGUCAAAGCAUUCUCCCCGACCUACACCCUUGCUCCAGGUGACGGAACCCAUGGGAACCCUAACCCGCAGCUGCGCAUGGCUUCUGACGAUGGACAUCCUAUUGGGCAUAUACCUAGACCCAAAUCAGCCCCCUCAC